CCAUUCGUUCGUAAUACUCAUUGUUCGUAAUGGUGAAUGUAAUAACAACAGCAGCAGCAGCUACAGUGAAAAUAAAGUUAAGAUUAGCACUUUUUUGUGUGGAUAAAUUGGGUCGAGCAUAAAUAUUUUCUUCAAAUUAAUUACCAAAUAAACAAUUAAAAAUGACCACGAAUAAAUAUCUGUUGUGUGGCGUAGCCAUUGUAACUUUUAUCUUCGUAUUCAUUCCAUCAGCCAGUGCACACUCAUAUGAAGACAAUCGGUGCAGGUGUAUUUGCCCUAGCAUAAGUUCCGUGCUAAAUGAUACACAGAAAACAGAUCGUUUGCUAUUAAUCGAUAAUGUACCACCUACAAAAUGCAACUGUGAUGACUUCAUUUUACCACGUCUCGAGGGCAAAAUCAAGGGAAAAGAACAAGAAUUCUGUCCAAGAUGCCAGUGCAAAUAUGAAAAUCGUAAUACUGGCAUCAUUCGUUUGGUUGUUAUCAUUGUGAUAUGGGUGAUAUCAUUACUUGUUGUCUACAUGCUCUUCUUGAUUUGCUUGGAUCCACUGCUGAACAAACGCAUCAAAAAUAGCUAUCAAGAGCACACAAACGAAGAAGAUGAUACCACCGUAUCGAAUUCAGCAAAUAAUUCGAUCGAUUUGGGUACAACGAGCUAUACGUCGAAUCAUCAAAUGGGCGUGCGAGUGAAUGUACUAAAUCGUGUUGGGCAUCAACAAGAUAAAUGGAAACGACAAGUACGUGAGCAACGUCGCAAUAUUUAUGAUCGACACACGAUGCUAAAUUAGAUGCGAAUCUGAUGCACGUUCAUCUCCUCCUUCCUCCUCAAAGUUCUCACAAAUCCGAAUGGAAUUUCAAGUUUCGUUUGCCGAUUCCACGCAUUCAAAUCGAUUCUAUUUAACAUUUUAAUUGUAUUUACAAUGGGUCUGUAUAUAAAUUAAUCGGAUAUGAAAGAAAA